AUGCGGUUCCGCUUGGUGUGCAAGCUGUGGAUGAAAGGCAGCGGCACCAAGAAGCCCCAUGAGCUCGGUGAACGCGUCAUCGACCAUCGCUUCCACCCUCACCAGUGGAUCCUGGUGACAGAGCCAGCGCCUGAGGCCACGCCCACACGUCGCAAGCUGCUCAACGUCACCACCCGGAAGAUCAUCAUGGUUGAUUUGCUGGAGCUCGAUGGCCACGCCGUGCUCCCAGGUCCCGACGCGGCGUCGAAGGGCAUGCUAGUGGCGCGCGAGAGGACUCUCGUCUCAGUCGCAUAUAAAUACUUGGCUCGUGAUUUUAUGUUUGUCAUCCCCAUCGUCACUGGUUCUCACAAGAACAUGCUUGACUGGGUUGGCCUGCCAUCGUUGGCGGUGGAGACCAUCGUCGACCACCUCUGGGACAGCGAUGUGGCGGACUUCAUGUGGUUCCGCCUGGUGUGCAAGCUAUGGAUGGCCGACAGUGGCACCGAGAAGCCCCAUGAGCUCGGUGAACACGUCAUCGACCACCACUUCCACCCUCACCUGUGGAUCCUGCUGACGGACACGUACCACAAUAUGCUCAACAUGGCCAUAAGGAAGAUCAUUAUGGUCGAUCUGCUAUAG